AUGUAUAUGUAAGUGGGCUUGUUUUUUGGACACUUUCCGAACCGUGUAGGCAUAUACUAGUCGGUCAGCAAAGUCGCUGAUGUGAUCUAGGCAACAUGCACUAUGCAAGAACAAAAUUCAUUCUAGUUUUCAACUAGUUGCUUUUCAAUAGGCUUUUUUGGGCUGUCAUCUGCGCCCUGUCGUUUCUUGGACAGAGCAAAGGCCAGAAAUCAGCCGUCGACUUUCCGGAAGGGCUACUAGUUGUCACGGAAAGUGCGUAGAAUUUCUCGGCCUUUUUUGCACCUCACCGUGCAUGUUGCUCGACUCUAUCCUUUUCGAAACAUUAUCCACUGUGCAAUUUCUGUGAGGGCUUCGACUAAAAAAACAAGGGUUCCUCUGCACGGCCAACGACAGAAAGUCUACGCACUUUCUGGACAAGCAGUUGUAAAGAAAAGAAGACAGAUGCAACCUGCUCUACUACGCCACUGCUUGCGCAGUGGCAACUUUUCAAUUGCACGGUGCACAGUGUAAAAAGCAUGCGAUAAAAAGUCUACAAAAUUUUUUUGAUCUAUAAAUGUGCGUACAAGGACAUCUUAUGCCAUAAAAAAAUUCUGACCGGUUGCGAUUCGUUGUAAUUUUACUGUAUUUUGGAACUGUUUUGUAACUUCUUGAUCAAAGCUCACUGACCAAGGCACGGUGGUUUUUCUCCAUUCCGCACGGUGCAAACCACAAAAAGAACCGGCUGGGUCAGACCGCGACAAAAUGUCUAUCAGUCUGUCGGGAAAAUAACGUCGCGCCUCGGAAUCGCCCAUCAUCGCUUUGCGACUGCAGGCCGCGGCCGGGGAUUUGGUGCGCGAUAGCGGCGAGGCGAGAUAUUUUGCUUCGACGACCCGCCGUUAUUUUCCGGCAGAGUGAUACGAGGCAUUAUGAAAAUGCUUGCAAUAACUGAUUCGAAGCUCCCAGUCUGUCGGGAAAAUAGUGGCAGGUGGAAAUCGCCUAUGCGACUGCUAGCCGAAGCUGGAUUGCACACUUUUUUCGACGAGACGACAAAUUUUCCCGACGAAUUAAUAUAAUAUAUGCAGCAAUAUCUUUCUACUGGCCUUUCCAGAAAGUUCGAAGACUUUGGCGCACACUUUAUUUUGCCUAUUUGUCUACAAUGCGCAGACCAAAAGUCGACGCACUUUAUGAGAAACUUGUAAACACCUUCACAGCUCUUCAAACAUUCCACCGCGCAGUAAAAUGCGUCCGUGGUAUAUCUAAAAAGUGCCCCAUCUAGUGAGCGGUGGGAGAUUAUGAAAGAAGCCGUUGUAAAACCAAUUUAAACUCCAACUUCAAGGCCACUUUCUCGCUUAUAUACACCGCUAUGGGGUUGUACGAAUCGCUCUCAGUUCAUCAGCACCCGGAAGAUUCGGUCGCUUCACUGGCAUUAAACAGUGACAAGUUUAAUGUCCAAAUUCUUCGCGCAAAAUCUUCCCCCUUGGGCUGUAACCCACUUCUUAAACACUUGAAUUAAAGUUUGUUCGGGAAGCUUCUUGAGUUUUGCGACUCCGCACGUAGAAUUGAUAUUCUCGAGUGCAUGUUGUUUGUUACUUAAUAAGGUGUUUGUUGUGUGGUUGGGAGUCAGUUUGGGGACCGUAGAGCAACUUGUAUUUGUAUGUGAUGUUAUAGAGGGAAUGAUAGGGAAUAAGGUUAUCUGCCCGUCGGGGAAAUAAUGAAGACAGUGUCGCUGCGCCUAUCGUGUCGCUGAAGUGAAAAGCAGUUCGACUUUAUCGCGGCACAAUUUACUUUCUCGGCUCAUUACCUUCCCGACAGACUGUGAUAACAUGAGAAGAGCGCAGAUUUUUAUGAAACUUGUCACAGAUUUAGAAUAAUUUUUCAGAAAAAUACGAAAGUUCUAGCGCAUUGCCGAGAAGGAAAAUUUCUUUAGGCCGAAAGUCGGCCAAAAGCGAACAUUUUUUGCGAAUUUCGGCACGAGAAGUUUUAUGGCCUUUUCUACCGUAGAGCGAAGACCUCUGCAAAGAAUAAUUCUUCCCCACCUAAAACUGGCAAAGGUAUGGCAAAAAAGUGCCCCUCUCUCUGACUGCUACCGCGUUUUGUGUAAUUUUUCGGCCGCAAAGAUCGUUUAAUAUCUCCUUUCUCCCUUGCAAAGUGAGACCAAGAAUUUUCAGGAAUUAAUACAUGGCUUAUGCCUGAAAUGUGUGCAAAAUGUAACGAAAUUUUUUGCACUGUUCACUUGUAUCUGGAUUUAUUGCCGCACCGCACAGAAUUUUUUCUAUUUUCUCUUGCUUCAGCCGAAAGGACUAAAUUUGCAGGCAAUAUGCAGCUCGAGCAUGCUGAAACCUGCAAUAUCCGAUUAGAAUAUCGCUAAAUGAAUCUUUCAACAGCUCAGCGGGGUUCGAAAUUAAAUCUUUUUUUGACUUUGCACAGUGCAGAAUUUAAAUAUUUUUUCCUCACAAUUAAAUUUCCGCUUUUUCCCAUUUCCCUGCAAUUCUACCCGGCCUUUAGCUACCUUAAAAAAUAUCUUUUAGCGAACACUUACGUAUUUUACAUUCUCCUAAUUUCAGAGCCAACCUCCAUUUACCCUCGAAUAUCACUCAUCAUGUUCAAGACUUCUUUAUUAUCAAUUUUACUCCUCCUUCUUGCCACUUUGAUAUCCGCUGGACCGAAUCCAAAUCCGCAGUUGGUUGCGGGCUUCGCCGAUUCCUCAAUUUCCGGGACAUGGGUGUCGCCUUGGGGCGCUGGUUCGGGCUUGGGCAGCUCGUGGACCAAUCCUUACGGGAGUUUCGCCAGUUCCGGCAGUUACAUGGGCCGCUACAGCAAUGCUCAAGGAAUUUUGUAGAGUGUUUUCAACUCUACGCUCAUUUGUCAUCAAAUUCCAACUGGCUAACAUGUAUAUCUGCUACUGAUCAACUUCCAAACUGCUCCUGGAUUAUCUGCAAGGCGUUAUUGUUCAAUUACUUCUCUCCUGUUUCAAUUGCUGCUUUGUAAGUAAGUGAAAUUUGCCUUUACAGCGAACGUCAACAAAAGUUUCUAAAUUUGUAGGCGUAAGGAGCACUCAGGCAGCAUAUAAAUAAUGUGUUCGGGAAGUAACUGCGGUUACUCCGAUUGUUUUGAACGUUAAGUUUGGUUGUUUCUUUCUUUUGCGGACACUUUACAGUAGGGUUUAUUAGGAGUUUGGAUUUUGAUGAAACUUGGGGCAAAUUUAGAGUAGUUUUUUUUUUGAGGCAUAUGUGAGAUUUCUAGGUCGCGCUUUGCAAAAACGAUAGAGAUUUUUAAGUCCAAAGUUGGCGAUAAAUGUGAAACUUUUUUUCUAUUUUUGAGAUAAAAGUUUUAUACCUAUUUUUACCAUAGAGAGUAAUGUUUCUACAAAAAAUCAUCUUUUUCCGCCCAAACCUGGCAAAAAUAUGGCCAAAAAUAGUUUUUCUCUGUUACCGCUCUUCGCACUUUGUGUACUCUUUCGGUGGAAACAACCUUCCAUAUCUCGGCACCCCCUGCAAAGCGUGAGCUAAAACUUUUAGGAAUUGAUAUAUGGCCCACGCCCAAAUUGUUCGCAAAAUUUGAAGGCAUAUCUGAGCGUCGUACUUGAGGAUAUUUUCCUUGCAAAUUUGAUUUUUUGGACUUUUUCCCUCAUUUUUUUAUUUUAUUUUUUCAAAACAAAGACGUGAGGGAAUGUUGCAGCGUUUUGCUCGCGGUAUUAUUAGUAUUAUAUAUUUUCAUAAAGUGCAUGGAUAUUUUUCCUCUUUCGAACGGUGCAUUUUGAACUUUUUCCAGGCGUGUCGCCAACGCACAGUGUAUUUACUCUAUUCGUACAGUGUAAACCUCAAAAAAGCCGUUUGCACUGUGCCAAUUUGUAGCCACUGCUGCUGCAACGAAGAUGAAAGUUGUUUAGGUGGCAACGAUAUUUGCACUUUAUGAAAAUAGAAAUAUUUCUUUACUCUUGUGUCAAAAGAAUAUUUUUUCUAAUUGUUUGAGGUGUCUAAAAUCGUUUGCCACAGGCUAUUUUUCUCGUAUAGUAGUUUGUUAUGGUGAGGCUCCAUUUUGAAUAUCAAACCAAAAAAACUUUGUAUAACAAAAUCUGUCUAUUGCGAGCAAUUUUUCUGCCUACUAUCAUUUUUAGAUGCCUCCGAAAACCCAACAAAAAAUAUACUCUUUAAUUCAUCCCCUACUUUUUCAGCAUUCCCAACCUUCAUCAUGAAACUCCUUCUGACAGCACUCAUCCUCUCUCUCCUCCUUCCAUUGGCCAUGUCCGUCCCGCAAAUGGUAUCCGGCAUCUCCGACGGCUCGCUGUCGGGCUCUAUUGUCUCGCCGUGGGGUGGAAAUCUCGGUGGAUCGUAUACCAACCCCUAUGGCAGCUUCUCCAACGCGUACAGCGGAUACGGCCGAUACAGUAAUGCUGCUGGCUUCUUGUAGAACGUUAGGUGAGUUGAUGUGAGGGGUGGUGGUCCGAGAACACUUGUUGUUUGUGAAAAGGCAGUGCUAAUUUGAUUAUGCUUUGUGUUGGUAGAUGCUUUUGUGAAUGUGUUUCGAAUUUAAAUGCUGUAAGAGGAUUAUGCGAAGCAGUUGGGAGUUUUGUAGGAUGAUUGCUGACAAAUUGGGAGGAUGAGAAAGCAUUUUCUUCGCUUUGAAUUAACGGUAGUUAUCAACAGAUUGGCUAACGACCAUUCAACGGCUCUCCGAGGAGUUUAUCAUUCUUCGGGAAAAUAAUGAGAGUUCUGUCGCAAAAAUCGCAUCCCGCCGAAACAAAUUGAUAUGACGUUUUUUUUAAACAGUGCGUAGAUUUUUCCUCGCGAUGCGGUUCUCCACUGUCCAUUUCACAUUUUGCACUGUGUAUAUAAUUGAAAUAUCGCCAAGCUUUUUUUCAACUGCUUCUCCGCGAAUUUUGUGCGGGAAAAACAGCCUGUACACCGCGCCAAACCCGUUGUAAGACCUCUCUGGGAAGUAGAGCGGCCAGAUCUUUAAAAAUCCUAUUUUUUAAUGCACUAAAAAUUACAGUGGACCCUCUGCACAAAAAAUCUCAAGUGACUCAAAAUUUCAUGCGUUAUAGUGUAUGUCAAGCCUCUCCCCAAUGACAAUAACAUUUGUUUCAGAUGCCCCUUCUCCCUCCAUAACCAUAGACUCCUUGCCAGUGUCGACCUGUCGCCCUAGAAAUGUAGCCAUUCUUUCAAAUGUGUAUGUAUGUUUUCCUUUAGGCCGUUCUCCCUCGUUUACUAUUAGCUGUUAUCCUUUGUGUAUAUCAUAGUCUCUCUGCAAAUGAAUAUUUUUUUGGCCUUUACAUUUUGUUGUACAGAAACUUUUGGAUUGUUCACUUGCUAUUGUUUUCUGACCAUAAAGUAAUCAUUUCAUUGUUUCUUCUGAAUCUUGUCUUGUUUAUGUACUAGCAACCGCUGGCCUUGCCGCCACUGUUCAUGGGAUUCUCCAGCCUUUCCGGUCAUUAUUUCUCAAUUUGAGUACGUUUCAUUUAUCCGAAUCUUCAUUCUAUAGCUAUUACAAAAUUUCCUUUCCCCACUUUCUUCGCAUGCCCCCAAUCACAUUGUCUUUGUUUGUCGCUGAGUUCCCUUCCAUCGGGAAGGCCUCGGUUUCAGUUCAGUUCCCGCUAAGAAACAGUCAUCGCUCAUCGCCUUCGACUUGUUGUUCCGCGAUGCGGCUGUAAAGUGCGGGCAAUGUUAUAAUAAAUGUACGCGCUCUCGCACGUUAUCCCGUUGUAAAAAUUCUUGCCGCCAACGUGCGGUCGUCAAUAAACGGUGAAAUCAAAGAGAACUGAGGUGUUUGUGAAGAGAAGCAGGGUUGACGGUUGGCAAGACCCGAGAAAAAUUUGUUUACAUCGCGCCUGAGUGCAACGAUGGGGAAAUGGUCGAAGAGAAGACGAUUUGUGAACUGUUCGGAAGGCAGUAAAGAGAUCAAAGUGAAAGGACAAUAUUUUAUAAGACCUAUAGAGCAUAACGAAUAUGUUUUCAAAGCCAAAUCAAUUUGGAGGGGUAUCUAAUUAGAUUUACGUGUAGUUUGUCGCUUUUGGGUCUUGUGUCAACGAAGGAUGACGUGCAUUCAAGGCAAACGUGAGUUAAGCUUUGAGAAAGGUGUAGUCUGAAUCUCCAUAUUCGAAAAUCGUAAGGAGGGAUCAAUUUUGCUGUCAAGACCAUGGUUUUCGAGAAAACCGACCAUAAAGGUUGACCGCAGAAACCAUAAAGGUUGACCCCGCUAGCUCGUCCUCGCGCCCGGCAAAGUAAACUGUGCGGCGCGACAAAAAGACCACGUAAAGACAAAUUUUGCAACCUCUUUUCAGACUUCCCAUGAGGUCGCCAGACUCGCAAUGAAUUCUUAAAAAUAGGUAGAUGUUUUUUCUUUAAUUUGGUUCAUAGUUUGGAAGAAUGCCGCGAUCAUACCUUGUAAACUAUCAAUUUUCCCGAGGUCCAUAAAAAAAAUAAAUGCCAAAAACCCCUAGCAUUUGUAUCUGAUGUGCGUCGGGUGAAUGGACUGGCAAUUCGCCAUGAAAACACCAAAAAAACGUUUUGUCGCGGAAGAAAUGGGGUAUUUUUGGGGCGAGAGAGUACCUUUUGCGCGCCUUUUCUCUGUCUUCUCUGUGAAAUCAAGACGAAGUGUAAAAAACCGAUAGCGAAGGUCGCCAAACUCCUCAUUUUGAAGAGCCGAUUUUCAGACCGGCCGUGCGAGCGGAGUUUCGCCCCGGAAUAAUCAAAAUCCUGAGUUUCGAAGCGAAAAUUGGGCUUGUCAAAGAAAAUAAAAAUGCCCAGACACAAUUUCCUUUUUGAGGUAUUUAUUUUUGUUUUUAGAUAGCUUCCGAGAUAUUUAUUCAACGAUGCAAUUGUUGCUUAGAGAGCAUGCGAAAAACGGAGAGCGGUCAGAGAGAAAAGGCUUUUCUAGCCAAGCCUUUGCCAGUUUCGCAUGGAAAACCUUGAUUUUGUUAUGGAAGCAUUACACUCUGUGGUAAAAUAAGUACGAUACUUCUUAUGCCAAAAUUUGCAAAAAAGUGUCAAGUUUUUUUCAACUUUUGAUAAAAAAUCUGGGUUGUUUCUGCAAAGCGCUCGCAUAUGUCUUAAUAAAAGGUUUCAAAUUUGUGCCAAGUUUCAUCAAAACCUGAGCGAAGGGUACCUCCCUGUUACUUACCCCUGUUUGACGUGCGCCGAUCAGAACACAUGAACACAAUACGCGUUGCUUUCACGUGUUACAAAUGUUAGACCCCAUCAAUUUUGACGUUCCUAUGUUCUGUGUUCACACCACUAAACUAUAAAAUCUCUGUCUUCGCGUCAUAAAAGGCGGAAUCACAGCCCAAUUUCAACAUGUUUCCAUAAACGGUACAUAAUUAGCGUGGAAAGAGGUUGCAAUACAAGUAUAAAAAGGACGAUUUCAGAGCUGGAAAUGAAAUUUCGCGGCUUUUGAAGGUGUUACUACAGUAAUGCUUUAUUUUCGAGUGGUUCUUGCGUAACUGAUUAAAUUUUUGAAAUAAAUUGGCUAAAACUAUUAGACUGGCUUUAGAUUUUUUGAAAAUUAUGUUUCUGGCACUGCGUAGAGGCAGCUGGGAUAUUAAACGGUUUAUGCCGGCGAAGGAGUAGGCGAGAAAUGUACCUAUUUCUACCGCAGAGGGUAAUGAUUUCACAAAAAAAUUAAUUUUUCCUCCACAAAACUGGCAAAGAUAUGGUCAAAAAGUGUUUUUCUCUUAGACCGCUCUCCGCCUUUCGCGUACUCUCUCGGCCGCAAAGGUCGUUUCAUAUCUCGGUGGCGUCUGCAAAGCAAGAUAUAAAGUCCUCGGGAAGAUAACGUGGAUUUGUUUGGCGUUGGAAUCGCCCAUCAUCGCUUUGCGACGGCUAGCCGCGGCUGGAGAAAAAAUGGGCUCGCCAACGAGGCGAGGCAUUUUGCUGCGAUGAAUCCACAUUAUUCCCUAGACAGCUUGAUAUUACAACUUGCAAACUACAGUUUUUAUUCUUCGUAGGGUUUUUACAGCACACUCAGUGCAUCUAAACAAACAUCAUCACUUUUCCGACCGUUCUUUUGAUUUUGUCACGUAAUUAAUUUCUAGUCCCACAACCUCAAACUCUGUUGUUCGACUGUUUCCCUCCGCCACAAUAACCGUAGUUUCUCCAGAACGCAAUAUGAUUAAGGAACGUCUGCAACCAAGUUCCUUGUGCGCGAUUUAAGAGACGUGACGUGGUUCAGUGUUCAUACCCUGCAUAAAAAAGCCUAUGAGGGCGUUCUUGUGUGGUAUGAUGACUUAUGAUGACUUUUAAUCAGCUGAUUGAACUUUGAAAAGGCGUGUUCUUAUAAAGAAGCUACACCAGGUGCGACGCUUAUAUUUGAUUGAAAUUUGCACAUACGUUGGAUAUACGUAUCAAGCGGCAGAGAGAGUACGCGAAACGCGGUCAAAGUAAAAAACACUAUUGGCCACAUCGUCACCAGCUUUCUUGCGAAAAAAAAUGUUACUAUGCACAAAAGCGUUCUGAGGGACAUACCGAGUUUUCAGCUCGAGUUUUGCAACAACUAUUAAAAAAUACUAGUCAAAGGUUUAAGGAAUUUCUCUAAACCCCUUGUACUUUCCUCCAUAAGUCCUAAAGCUCGAUAUAAAAUCACCCUAUUGAACCUGAAGCUCUUUGACCCAUGUGAGGCGGAACGACCGAGCUUCGAGGAUUUUCCCACGAGGAAUGAUCUAAAUUUAUUCAAAUUUGAUUGUACUUUCCUACGUGGGGCUUCCUUAUAAAAUGCCUCCUUUCCACGGAAUAAAUUACUUGACUCUUGAACUCUCGUCUUGUCUCGUUACUGGGAUGUCGGGCCUUUCGGCAACCCAUCCUGCCGUUGUCCACACUUUAUGAAGCAAAGAACCCACGGGGUCACAGAACGGCCUCAUAUUCCGUCCGAUGAUCUCACCGUGCUUCUAAAAUCACUGCCCGCUUCAGAGAACUCGGCGAUUCUUUUAAUCCCUGGGCGCUCUGACAGAGAACACUCAGUAAUUGGCGUUUCAUCAUCGUUCGACCGCCCCAGUGUAAUUGUUCCGCCGGUACUCUCCGCUUAUAUUUCCGUCGCCUCGAGCAAACAUUAUUGUUGGGUGUAAACGCGGCUCGGGGUCCGGUCGGCUGACUUUGUUGCCGGUGUUUUGGUUCGCGGUAGACCGUGUUUUGAGGCUUGGGAGAUAAUAAUAUGUUAUGCCAUGUUGGUUGUAAUUAUCAUUGUUAUUAGGGGGUGUUCAUUGUGAUAAUGACUGAUAAGGAUUUGCUGUAAGUUAUAUUUGGAAGAUAGAAUUAGCUAAAAAAUUCAACUGAUAGAAUUUUUUAUCAGUUGAGGAGCAUUGCUUAUUUUUUUUAAUAAGGGGAUGGUUUCCUGGAUACUGUAGCAUAUUGGGAACCGAAUAUCGAUGCUUACGUAAAACUGGCCGCAAAAAUAUUCGGCUGACAAUUAUAUACUGUAGCUGGUUUAAUGAAGGUUUUUUUACGACAAGACACCCGUUGAAGGCAGUUGAAAGAACGGCAUACUCAUCUAGCGGGUUUUCUUACUAGUGCUAGUCCGUUCGUAAAGUGCUGGAGUGAUUUUUGGACGCUUGCACAGUGCCAAAAAAAUUAGAGCGCGAGCGAUUGCCCUAGAAACCUAUUGCAUGGUGCAUAAAGCAAGAAAUUGCACAAUACAAAGUCAACCUUUGUUUUCGCGCAGUGCAUGGGGCAAAAAUCACUCUAGUACCAUUGGGAACGGACUAGUAGCAUUGUGCCUUUUCCGAACUUUUUAUAUGAGACUCACUGCUUGUUUGGGGCCUUGCUCGUAUUUUCUAGCCCUUGUGUCAUUGGUCUGUCGGGAAAAUAGUGCCGCUGCAAUAUCAUCUUGACUUUGCUGCGACACAAUUCAUUUUCUCGGCGGCAAUGCGAUUUUCGGUGCGACAUUGCGCUCAUUAUAUACUUGAUACCCGAUAGACCAAUGUCGCGUCGUUUUACAACCCGUUCUUUCGUGAAUUUUUCCUUCACCACCUGUGUAUCCCGAAAUCCUCAAGCCUUAUUGCUUCUUUUUUCAGAACCCAAUAUUCAUCCAAACCAAACAAAUAUGAAGCUGAUAUCCUCGAUACUUCUUCUACUCCUUGUGAUCAUACAAUUCUCCCAAACCGAAGCCCGUCCACAAAUUAUUGGCGGAUUUGCGGAUGCCGCGACCUCCGGAACAAUAGUGUCGCCGUGGGGAGGCGGCCUCGGAGGCGGAUGGAGCAAUCCCUAUGGAAGUUACACCAAUUCCUACAACAGCGGCUAUCGGUACAGUAAUGCGGCUGGGUUCUUGUAA